AUGUGCAACGGAAGGGAGAACGGAGAAGGGGUAAUAGCUGUGGCAGUGGAUAAGGAAAGAGGAAGCCAAUAUGCUCUUAAAUGGGCAGUUGAUAAUCUUUAUCCCAGAAGCAAGCUUAUAAAACUAGUCCAUGUUGUUCAAAGGUCACCUUUACCCCCAUCAAACUCAGGAAACAGUGAAAUUGCGACCCAACAAGAAUCAGAUGGUCGGGGUAUGGAAGUAUUGCUUCCAUAUCGUUGCUUUUGCACCCGUAGACAGGUGCAAUUUGAGUGUGUCAUACUUCACGAUCUCGAUGUGGCAAAAGCACUCAUUGAUUACGUUUCCUUAGGUGGAGUUGAUAAAUUGAUACUUGGCACAUUCCCAAGGAAUGGCUUUUCCCGGAUAUUCAAGAAUUCGGAUAUUUCAAGCAGUGUACUGAAAUGGGCAUCAAAUUAUUGUAAUGUUUAUAUUAUAAACAAGGGGAAAGUCAGUGCUAUGAGACCUGCCUCUCGUUCAGCACAAGUCAACCCUGCAGUUGAAAGAACUCAGCCUACCUUCGUUCAAAACGUGAACCAUCAUACCGAUCCUGACAUAUUAUAUGAAGAGCUCUCAGUAGUAGAGAAUGAUAACUCACUUAUGGGCUCUGGAAGGUUAAGCACAGACAGCAAUUACUUCUCAUUUUAUGAACAUUUGGAAUCUGAACUGGGUGGAUCCUCAUCAGACAUUUUCAACUUAGAGAAUGGAAACUAUGAGCCCUUGUUCUCGAGUUCCAAAACUGUGAAUAUGAAUUCUACGAAGGAUUUUCCAUUCAAUGAAAGACCAUCAUUCUCCUUGGACGAUAUGGAAGGCGAACUCAGAAGACACAAGGUAGAGCUUAAGGAAGCAAUGGAUUUGUACCAUGCAGCCUGCAUAGAAGCAAGAGUCUCAAAACAGAAGCUGAGUGAACUUCAAGAUUGGAACGUGAAACAAGAACAGAGACUGAAAGAGGUUGAGUCGGAGAAUGCAAGAUGUAAGGCAGCAAUUGAAGCUACACAAAGGAUGACAGCUGAAGGGGUGGAAAACAGAGUACUGAAGGCAGAAAUAAGAGCAAUUUUAGAGGCAGAUGAAAGGACAAAGGUUUUGGAUGCUUUACGUCACUCACACACUGUCAUCAGAUAUCAAACCUUAUUCCAAACUCUCGUUGUUCUGUUUUUAUCCUAUUUCUACAUUUCCUCUUUCAAAUGA